AUGUGCCGAUUUGGCUGGCUGCUUUUCAGCUCGAUCCUAUAUGCCGUUUUUGCCGAAGAUUGUACCGUAACCGAUUACCAACUGGACCAGUACGGAAGCGAUGAGUUCCUAAAGAAAAGCGUGAAGGGCAACUGCGAAAUGAUCAAUGCCUACAACGCAAUGUUUGUUAAGCGCGUCGGCAAGUUCUGGUGCGGUAUGGAAAAGUGGCAGCUUACGGACGAUGUCGCUGAAGCGUUAAGCAAGUCGCUUUGCAGUGAGGCCACGGAAAAAUUCUUCAGUCGCGUCUGCUUCAUUCACGACGUCUGUUAUGAGAAGCUGCAGGACAGGAAUCUGCUGAUGGAGAAGAGGCAUGAAAUGUGUGAUGAAGAUUUCUGCUAUAUCCUACUAGAGGCGGCUGCCAGGGACGCAGGAAAAUGCGUCGACCUAGCUGUAACCUUCUGUAGGGCCGUUAAGAGCCCUCUCUACGACGUGUUUGGCAAGAAGAAGCUCUUAAAAGCAAAU